AUGAGGAGCCCGCGAGAGCUGGCAGACCGAUCAAAAUAUUGCCGCUUCCAUCGGCAGCAUGGGCAUGACACUGAACAGUGUCGUGAGUUAAAAAGGCAGAUCGAGGAGCUCAUCCAUAGAGGGCAUCUCGGCCAGUACCUUCGACCAGACAAGGAACUUUCGCUAUGCCCGGAGGGCCCUAUCGAGCGACACAUCGAUGUGAUAGCCGACGGCACCGCGUUUGGCGGGGGCUCCAUGACGGGAAGAAAGGCUUAUGCUAGAGCCGCCCCGACCGAAGCUCACGGGAACGGGCUCGAACCCGAGAUCACUUUCCCGACCAGAGCAUCCGAACAACCCGAGCACGACGAGGCGCUUGUGAUAUCGGCCAGGAUCGCCAACGCGCAAGUAAGGAGGAUCAUGGUCGAUACUGGGAGCUCAGCCGACAUACUUUACUACGAUGUCUUCCAAAAGCUCGGCUUGGCUAGGGAGAACAUGAAGCCAAUGUGCUCGGUGCUCACCGGAUUCACCGGAGAUUCGAUCUCACCGCUGGGAGCUAUCACCCUGCCCUUAACCUUGGGGGCCCCGCCGAGGUCGAAGACAGUAAUGACCACUUUUCUAGUGGUCGACCUCCCCACCACGUACAACGCCAUCCUCGGCCGACCAACCCUCAACAAGGUCAGAGCCGUCGUCUUAACUUACUACCAAACUAUUGUUGAAUCUCGGAUUUUGAUGAUGAAGUCAAUUGUCAUUUGUUGUCUAAUCUGUAUGUUGAGAUAA